GAAUUCGCUUCCAUAAAAAGUGGACUACAGCAUCCAUAUAUCCACUCUACUUGAACAUUUCAGUUACAGAAAUUUGAAAUCUCAAAUUUGGUUUCGAAGUGGAUAUGCUACUUUAUCUGCAAAAUUUCAGAGUUUUAGCUCCAAGAUUCAGUUCUAUUUUCUGCCGAAAAAAAGAAAAUAAUUCUGAAAUUCAAAUCCAAAGGACAGAAUGGAAAACUCGCAUAUGGAAGUAAGUUGCAUAUGGACAGCGAAAACUCAAAAACCUCAUGAGUCUCUAGAUCAGAAAUAUUGGAAGAAAAUAUUUAUAUCAUCGUGUUUGUGUGCUAUCAUAUUGGAUCCAUUGUUCCUCUACAUUCCUAUUCUGAAGGAUGAUAUCAAGUGCCUUAUGUUAGAUCCGAAGUUGAAGAUAGUCACUCUUCUUUUGAGAUCACUCACAGAUUUUUUCUAUUUAAUGGACAUCAUUAUUCGAAUUUAUAGAUCUGAGAACUAUUCGGGUUUAAUCGAUGAACUUAACCGCAGACAACACCGGCUGAAUUUUAAUUUUGUGAUGAAAUCUUGUGUGCCAAGAAUAGCCAAGACAAUAUGGGCGUCAUAUGAUAUCUUAAUUGACAUUGUAGCUCUUCUUCCCCUUUCACAGGUGGCAAUCCUCAUUUUCUUCUCAAAAAUGAUUGACUUGAGAUCUUUGACUACAACAAGGAUGGUUCUUAUGAACGUUUUCGCUCUGUUGCAAUAUGUGCCACGAGUUCUUCGCAUCUACCUCUCAUUUAAAGAACUCAAAAAAAGGCCUCUUAAAGAAAAGCUUAGAGAGACUCCGAUAUGGAUUAAAGGUGUACUCAAUUUCUCUAUGUACAUCAUUGCUAGUCAUGUAGCCGGAGCCCUGUGGUAUUUUUUUUCUAUUCAACGAAUGAUGAUUUGUUGGCAUUCUGCAUGUCGAAAAAAUGAUGGAUGUGAUAACAGAAUGUUUGGUUGUCAUGAUCACCACUUCUUUAGAAAUACCACAAUUUUAAAUGAUUUAUGCCCUGUCAGUGAUGGUGAUAAUUCAUCAGACACAAUGUUCUUUGAUUUUGGUAUAUUUGCUACUGCGCUUGAAUAUGGUCUUGUGGGAUCAACCAGUUAUUUCAAAAAGUUCUUGAACUGUUUCUGGUGGGGUUUGCGAAAUUUAAGUUCCUUGGGUUCAAAUCUUGAGCCAAGUGCUGAUGGAUGGGAGAAUCUCUAUACGAUUUUUAUUUCUAUAAGUGGCUUGCUUCUGUUUUUAUAUCUCAUCGGAAAUUUGCAGAUGUAUAUGCAAUUUGAAACUACAAGAAGAGAGGAUCGCAAACGCAAGAUGCUAAUCGAACAGAAGGUGGAAGAAAAAGGUCUUGAUAUAGAAUUAUGGUUAUUUAAAAGAGGCGUUCCCACUAGGUUGAAUAAGGAUAUGAAGUUGCAAAUAAUAGAAAAGGUACAACAAGCACUUGAAGACGGUAUGGAAAUUAAUUUGGAUAAAAUUUUCCCUCUUCUUCACUCGGACGUUCAAAGCCGUAUAGAAGAUUAUAUGCCUUUGACAAAGUUGAAGCAAGUGCCAAUGCUUCGAGGGAUGGAUGAAGGUUUGUUGAAAAUAAUCUAUGAGAAACUCGAGCAUGUGAGAUAUACUGAGAGUGAGAACAGCUUUAUUAUUCAAAAGGAUAAACCACUUGAGAAGAUGGUCUACAUUGUAGACGGAUUUGUAUACAUUAAAGAGGGAUCUUCUUCGAGACGAGGUGCAAGUGCAGGUGCAAGAGAAUUAUGUGGAGAAGAACUUCUACGUUGGCCAUUCUCCACUUUCUUCUUUCUUAGAGAACCGUUGUUGGCAACUGAAUCUGUCAUGGCAACUGGUGUUGUUGAAACCCUUGUUCUCAACGCAUCGGACUUGCGAAGUAUAUACAAUCAAUCAGACAUUUUUGAAAAAGAGGCGCGUAGACACAAAGGAAUGAUGAAAAAGGAGAUUGAGCUAUAUAUAGAUGGAUUGAUACGUAAGAAUGAGAUUGUUAUAAGGUUGAAUCAUGACGUAAAGUCGCGGAUCAUGAAAAAUGUAGAAGAAAAAUUUCAUCAAGAUGAUCUUUAUUGGGAUCAUCUCUUUUCUCAUCUUCCUAGGGAUUUUCAAGAUGAGAUCGAAAGGUACUUGCCAGUGACUAAGUUGGAGAAGGUGCCAAUGCUUCGAGGGAUAGACGAAGAUGUGUUCAAAAUAAUCUGUCAGAAACUCGAGCCUGUGAGGUAUACUGAGAACACCUUUAUUAUUCAAAAGGGUGAACAACUGGACAAGAUGGUCUACAUUGUAGACGGAUUUGUAUCCGUUGAAAAGAGAUCUUCUGUUGAUUCGAGACAAGGUGCAGGAGAAUUAUUUGGAGAAGAACUUCUACGUUUGCCAUUCUCCACUGACUUUCCUUUCACAAGACCGUUGGCAACUGAAUCUGUCAAGGCAAUUGGUGUUGUUGAAGCCCUUGCUCUCUACGCACAUGACUUGCAAAGUAUAUACCGCAAAUUAGACAUUUUUGAAAAAGAGAAGCCUAGACACAGAAUAAUGAUGAAGGAGGAGAUUGAGCGAAAUAUAGAUGAAUUGAUAUGUAGUAAUGGAAUUCCUGAAAGGUUGAAUCAAGAUGUAAAGUCGCGGAUGAUGAAAAACGUGGAAGAAAAUUUUCAACAAGAUGAUCUUUAUUGGGAUUUGCUCGAUUGGGAUCAUCUCGUUUAUGGUCUUCCCUUGGAUUUUCAAAAAGAGAUCAUAAGUUACAUGCCGUUGACAAAGUUGAAGCAGGUGCUAGCAUUCCAAAACAUGGAUUAUAAAGUUCUGAAAGAAAUUUGUAACCACCUUCGGCCCAAGACGUAUAAUCGUAACGAUAACAUUAUUAAAAAGGGUGACCCAAUUCAAAUGUUGUUGAUUGUGGAAGGAAGAAUAGGCCAAGAAGGUUGGGUAAAAGACGCGGGAGAAAUCUAUGGAGAAGAACUUCUGGUUUGGCCAUUCUCAACCUCUUUCCCUGAUGAAGUACCUGCAGCAGCUAAGUCUCCUUUUGUAAUUACGGAUGUUGUUGAAGCCCUUGUUCUGACGGCCGGUGACAUGGAGAGUGUAGCCACCAAAUUCCGGAAGCAUUUCAUAAAAAAUUACGGCAAAUUCGUACGGAAAUCGGAAUUCGACCUUUUUACUGACUAUUAUUCUGAAGGGGCUAUUAAGGAGGCCACAAGAAACUACACUUGUUUGAACAAUCCAAAUGAAGAAGGCUAUGGAACAGUUUACCACACAGAAUUAGAUGGAAGAGCUGUCGCCAUAAAAACGUGCAACAGUGCUAUUGGUGACCCGUUCAUCCAAAGUCAACGUCUUGUUCAUGAGGCAUUUGUGCUUUUAGAAAUCAGUCACAAAAAUGUGGAGAGGCUGUUAGGUUGUUGUUUAGAGACAAGAUGGCCUAUAAUGGUUUAUGACCGCACCGAUGCUUUGACUCUUGCUGAGCACUUUCACAGAAACAGAUCGAAACUCUCGUUGGAAUCACGAAUGAAGAUAGCAGCAGAAACUGCAGGAGCUCUAGCACAUGUGCACUCCAGGUCAGUCAUACACCGAGAUGUGAAGACAACGAAUAUAUUAGUAGAUCGUACAACUCACACUGUACAAGUUACCGGUUUUGGAGCUUCGCGAUUGCUUGAUGAAGAUGAAGUAUCAACUUUGCCAGGGACAUCCAGACACUUAGACCCCGAGUAUUAUCUUAAAUCACACGACGUCUAUAGCUUUGGAGUUGUUCUAGUGGAGCUACUAACACAUCAAGAGGCAGUUUCUUCUAAUGGGUCUGAGACAUCCCUAGCAAACGACUUUGUUCGUUCAGUGCAAGAGGAUCGCUUGGGCCAAAUUCUCGAUGGUGAAAUAAACAGAGACAAGUUCAGUUUUGAGAUGGCCAAAAAAGUGAGCGAGCUUGCCGUGACAUGUUUGAGGUCAAGGGAGGAGGAAAGGCCUUCAAUGGAAAAAGUAGCUGAGGAGCUUGAGGGAGUAGUGCAAACCAUUAGAAACAGGGUAGAGUAUUCUACGGUGGACGAUAAUGUAUCUUCGGCUUCUAGAACUUCCGAGUGAAGUAUUGAUGUGAACCCGUGCGGCUGGUUUCAGUUUGAGUCUGUGCUUGUGAAAUAAUUGACAAGUCAGAUGCAUUUGCUAGUUUGAGGAAACCGUGGAAUUUGGAAUUAGUAUCAAAUAUUGUAACUUAUAUAUUUUUGCCCAUUUAAUUUAUCUUUGCCCUUCUCUUGGCACAAACAUCUGGAA